AUGACCUCGAUUCUCAUUUAUCUCUUUCCUGUUUACUCAGACCGUUCUACUGUGAAAUGCGAAAAAAAAGUGCCUCUUAAGCUCCCAGGAAGCAUCAACAAAACGGUUUAUCGCACCGCUUCGGAAGGGCUGACCAGGCUCUGGGGUCCAUGGGCCGGCUGGGCUCAAGCGGUACGUUUUUCUAUCAUGGACGAUAUUGCCUAA